AGACCAAGCAGACUUCAGUCCACCAGCCGAUACGGCAGAUCCCCGGCCUCCGGCGACCGGCAUGCCCGCGCCACCACCGCCGGCUGGCGGACGGCGGCGGUGGAAGCACCGGCUGAGCCCCACGCUCGCGCGGGACCGCUGCUACGCCCGCGCUUUCCGCUCCGCCGGCCUCCGCCAGGCCGCCGUGCCGCUCCCCGACGGCGCCGUCGUCCACUUCUGGCUCCCGCGCCCCGACCCGGCGCUCCACCCCGUCCUCCUCCUCCACGGCUUCGGCGCCAACGCCACCUGGCAGUGGGCCCCCUUCCUCCGCCCGCUCAUCGCCGCCGGCCUCGCCCCUUUCGUCCCGGACCUCGUCUUCUUCGGCAACUCCGCCUCCCCUGCCGCCGACAGAUCCCCCGCCUACCAGUCCGCCUCCGUCGCAGCCGCCAUGGCCGCCCUCCCCGGCGCGCCGCAGAGGUACAGCGUCGUCGGCGUCAGCUACGGCGGCUUCGUGGCCUAUCACCUCGCCCACGCCUUCCCCGCCGUGGUGGAGCGGCUCGUGCUCGUAGCUGCGGGUGUUUGCCUCGAGGAGGCCGACCUGGCGUCCGGGCUGUUUGCCGUGGACGACAUCUCGGAGGCGGCCAGCGUGCUGCUGCCGCAGCGGCCGGAGGAUCUGAGGAGGUUGGUGGAGCUCACCUUCUGCAAACCGCCAAAGUUCAUGCCGUCCUGUUUCAUCAGGGAUUACAUCAGGGUUAUGUGUACUGAAAAUGUGAAAGAAAAGAGCGAGUUGUUAUAUGCCUUGAUCAGUGGUAGGAAGCUUUCGGACCUUCCUAAAAUUAACCAGCAAACCUUGAUAAUUUGGGGAGAGCAAGACAGGGUUUUCCCAUUAGAACUUGGCUUGCGAUUGAAAAGACAUUUGGGGGAUACAUCGGAAUUAACAAUCGUCAAGGAUGCUGGCCAUGCCAUAAACCGUGAAAAGCCUGCAGAGCUUUGCAGACUUAUAAAGAACUACAUCAUCGAUCCCUCGGUCAAAUACCGGGAUGAUCGCAAGCAGGGAUGUUGGAAGUUUGCGUUAAGAAGGUUUGCUGGAUCGAGCCUGAGGAAGGUGGACUCAAGCCGGCCACUGAUAUAAUGCACAUAUAUAUUGACUUGUAUACCACGUAAAGAAAUUCCGACUCUCUCGUCCGUGUCUGUCUUGACAUUGAUAACGGGUAAGUGUUACCACCAACGUAUCCUAAAGUCUGCAGUGUGAAUUGUGUUGGAGUGCUGGUCGCACUGAACCUUAAGGGCCUGUUUGAUCAUCCAUUCAAUUUGUAUAGAGAAAUCAUGUGUUCUUCGUGUGGUGCAACCAAACAACUAUUACUGACUUAUGUGGGAUUCCAAA